GGUUUUUUGGGGAGCAAUGGAAGAACAGUAUUUAAUUUCAGUUAAAUUAAGUUUGUGUAUAGCACCAAUUCACAACUAUUUCUCAAGGCACUUGACGUGAUAAACGUUCCAAUUGAAUCUACUUAUUGCAUUGAGUUCAGUUCUUUGUGCCGGUUUGGUAACUGUGUUCUAGAUAAGGAAACCAGCAGAUUGCACCGAGUCACGGACUUGUGUCAAUUCUCAUACUGAGCAAGCAUGUAGCGACGGUGGAGAGGAAAACUCCCGUUAAACAGGAAAAAACCUGGCUAAGUGUGAGCAGCCUCCUAACAUGACUCACCGGGGAUUUCAUUUUUAAGGGAAUUUGGCAACAGAAAAAAACCAAAACAUUUUCUGAGUCAAGUGUUGACAAAUGUUUAUUUCAUCAUCAAUCUGUUUAGCAAACAGCUUUUAUACACUGGACAAAAAUAUAAGCGCAACACUUUUGUUUUUGCUCCCAUUUUUCACGAGCUGAUCUCAAACAUCUGAAACUUUGCCUACAUGCACAAAAAACCCAUGACUCUCAAACACUGUUUUGAAAUAGGUCUACAUGUGUGUUAGUGAGCACUUUACCAAGAUAAACCACCCCAUCUCACAGGUGUGGCAUAUCAAAAGGGCUGAUUAGACAGCAUGAAUAAUGUACAGGUGUGCCUUAGACUUCCCACAAUAAAAUCAGCAUCUGUGCUGCCUUUUUUUUAAAUAUAUAUUGAGUUGGUAGUUGAAUUUUGCACUUAAGCAAUGGCUUUUGAGGCUGUUCAAAGUGUCAUAAUUAUAAUAAGAUGAGAUUAGACUCUACUGAUCCCACAGUGGGGAAAUGUUUGCGUAACCACAGCUCAGACAGAUAGCAAAUGAGUGCAAAAGUGAUGCAAAAAUAAAAUAUAAAGCAGAAACUAAAAAAUAAUUAAUUUAAUGACAAAUGUACCAAUGAAACCAUUUUUUUUUGAGUUAUCAAGAACCUCUCCACACUAUCGUAAUAAAAAUUGUAUUGUGAGCUGGAGCGCCUCCAGAAAAUUUUGAUGGGGUGGCGUUGAUUGUGAGGUUCAUAUCGUGACGGCAUUGCAUUGUGAGAUUAGGAUAUUCUUACACCCCUAGUCUGCAGCCACGAUGGAAAAAAACUACUUUUUUUUACCACUUUUAUCUUUAAAACAACAUUUAGACAUCUUAUAGGUCCACAAAUGGACUUAAAAACAGUUUUUUGCAUCUGAAAACAGCUAAAAGCAAGUUUCUCUGCUGUCAGUUUAAAGAAAAACAACUUAGGUUUAUGUCACUUAGUCCUGUUGUACACAGGUCAACAUUAAAACUCAUUGUUCAUGAAGCGUGUACUAAAACUGAGGCAGAUGAGCUACUUUUGAAUGAAAGUGACUUGAUGAAAAUCGAUGACGUUUUAAGGAACGUGGGCCUGAACCGAUCCUCCAAAGGUGGUGGUUUCACUACGUUGUUCUCCACCACGUACAAAAAAACUCCCCGUCCGUGUUUAAACUCUCACAUGUGCAAAAAAUUGCUCUAAACUGAAAGGUCAGAGUGAAAUCACAGGAAAUGAGCCUCCUCUAAGCAUAAACCGCAGACGUCUCACUGCUCAUUAAAGAAACAUUUCUCUUCCUCCUCAGCUCAUUUUCUCAGAGGUAAGACCUACAUUUACUAAAAAUAAAUAAAAAUAUCAGAUACUAUUGAUUUUAAUGCUUAUCUGUUUGAGAAGUCAUUUACACACAUUUACUUUAUUUCUAAGACUGACUUUGAAGUUGAGCAUACAUGCAUCUAUCCACAUUUUCCUCCACUGGACCGUCAUGCUCCUGCACCCUGGUGUGUGUUGGUCCUCUCUCUCUGCAUUUGCUGUAUUAACAGAGCUCGCUGCAGAGUCUCAGACAGAAGACAAGUAGAAAACUUAUCUCGGUCACGCAGCUUCUGGCUCAGCCAUCUGACUGCUGGUUUAUCUGCUCCGACACACACCCUCUCACUGGGAGAGUGUCACUUCGCCUCCUCCACCUCCUCUUUUCCUGCUGACUCCCUGCUCACUCUCCUCUUGCCUCCUCGUCUCACCCAUCUCUGGAUGCCAGUGGCUUCUAGUCAUGGAUGAGACAACAGUCACACACCAACCACAAAUGUCAGCGGCAGCUUUUCCACAAAAUGAGGAAACGGAGGUUUUGGGCUCAACAGGCAACCAGAGGUCCUAUCAAGUCCCUGAUGAGAUGGACCCAGUGCUCAUACAGCCGGGCCUCGGCGUCACCACUACAACCAUUACCACCGUCACACAGACUGGUGGAGACUGGAGCACCAGCCUGUUUAAUGUCUGUGGAGACAAGACAUCCUGUAUCCUCGGGGCGCUGAUGCCGGUCUGUUUGGACCUGAGUUUGGCUCACCACUACGGGGAGUGUCUCUGCAUUCCUCUCCUUCCUGGAUCUACACUGGCCAUGCGAGUUGGCAUCAGGGAGCGAUACAAGAUUCGAGGGAGUGUGUGUGAGGACUGGACCGCGGUGUGUUUUUGUUACCCUCUGGCUUUGUGUCAGAUGAUAAGAGAGAUGAAUCGGCGGAUGAAGAUGCAGACAUAUCAUGUGUCUACUGCAAUGGAAUGCUCCUGAGAAGACACACACUCAGAUCUCUGCUUUUACUGUAUAAUGCAACAGAUGGAUCAACAGAGAUUUUCAUUUUGUUGAUAUCAUUUAUUUUGAACUACUUUGGUAGUUUGGUUUUAAAGGGGACAUAUUAUGACCUAUUUCUUAAGUUAUAAUAAUUCUAUGAUUUAUACAAAACAUUUUAAUAAAGUUCUUUUUGCUAAAUCCUUCUCACAUGAAACAAUUUCAGCUGUUUUAUUCUUGGCAUUUUCAAUACCUUCCAGAAUAAGCCGUUUCAGGGCUGUCAUUUUAAGAAAACAAGCUGGGGCUGGACACACCCACCCAUCCAUUGGUCAGGCUGCUAUAAGCUGAGAGGCUCGAUAUCCAGGAGGGAUUUAGAGUAGAGCUUCUGCUUCUCCAACAGCAGCUCUUUCUUGCACAUUAGAGGUGGUUUUAUGUUAAUUCCCUGUUUGUGACAUCACAAAUAGGGACUUUUUGAAACAGCUUGUUUUAGGCUUAAAAUUCCUGAAAACAAUGACAAACAACAGAUGGACAGUUUUUUCAUGUUUAAAUUGUUUAUCGAAGCAGCAGAGACCCACAUGGUAGAGCAAAAUACUGCAAAAGGUAGGUUUUGCAUAAAAUGUCCCCUUUAAAAUAUUAAGGAACAUAACAACCAUGGAUUUAAAUAUUUGUUUAAUUCCCAUAAACAUAACUGUAUAAAAUAUACAUAUGCAGUUUUCAGUCUAACCUAAAAGAGCUCAUUUUGAUUGGAAACAUUUGAUUUUUUUUUCAGUGUCGGCAAACAAGCUGUGAAAAUUCAGAGAAAAUAUCAGUUACACAGGAAAAAUCCUAAUUCUGUAGGGAUCUCACAGAAAGAUAGAAAAUAAUGUAAAAAAAGGCUUUCCUAUUUUCUAGGUCUGACUUUUGUCUCUUGACUCUAUGACUUAUAAUCAAAUGGGAAAAAAAGCUUAAAAAAGGUUUUCCCCAUUUCUAAGAAAAGUAUAAAUACAUUCCAAAACCCUAAAGUGCACAAAAACAAAAAUAAAAACACACACACACACACAUCCAAUUUUUAAGCCUAAUUUUUUUUAUUCCUACCCCAAUAAAAAAAAAACUAACAAGAAUUCCACUGCCGUUUAUUUCUAUGGAGCCCAAUGACAACGCUUCAUGAAGAUAAUUUGCCAGCAGAGAAAACAGAAUAAACGACGUGUAAAAUC